AUGGCAAGGACACGAUCAACGAAGCCCUCGACGGCGGCUUCGGCCACAGAUUCCGACUCAGCCAAGUCAAAAUCGACAAUAACCCUCGUCUCCCACGUCGGCGAGGCUCCCAAAGUCUUCAUUCUACCGUCAAAGGCCACUCCGGAUGCCCGAAUUGUCACGCUCCCGAAUCCACGAAGCUCACAGCCGUCGCGAUACCUCGCAUGUCCCGAAACCGGCAUCUAUGAAUUCACAAAAAUAGCGACGCCGAAAUCAGUGCCACGAAGUUGGCUUAUUGAAGCUGCGCCCAACUCCAAUGGAACAAGGACAGGCGGCCAAGGCGCAAGACCAAGCGCGCAGGUGACCAUGGGAUCGGAGCUCUUUGUAGCAACAGCUAUUGAUCCCCUCUUCUUAGUGCUGCCGGCGCUGGCCGACGCAAAGGCAUCAAAGGGCUCGGAUGAAGUAAAGCGGCUGUUUCUAUCCAGUGAUGAUCACUUGGAUAAACUACCACAGGAGAACUCACAUUUAUCUGAGAUUAUGCGCUGGGAGACAACACGGCGACUGAUAGAAAGCCGGAUGGGUGCAGUUUGCGACACUGUUGAGGCUGGUGAUGAAUCCAUGUUUCGGCUUAAUGAGAAGAAACUCUUGGACGUCAUCUUUCAAAAGGCCAAGAGGAUGAGCGAGAGUGGCUUGCCACUGAGCAUGGAAGACAAGUUUGUGAAAAAGGUUCUUCAGGCGCCGAUGAUGCACAGAGUGGUGCGAACGGGAGAGAGCCAGCUGAGCGGCAACAACGUCGCCGAUUCGGGAUCCUCUACUCCACAGACAGAGUCGGCAACAUCUCAGUCUACAGCGUCAACCACGGAGACUAGCGAUGCAUCGGUAUCUCAAGCAAGCACAGCCGCAACAUCAGUUGCCGAGGAGCCGGCAGAGGAGAAUUUUGCCAGUUCUUUACAAGCUUCACCAGAAGUAGUCGAGCAGCAAAGACUGAAAGUAGCGUUUGAGUUUAUCUGCUCUAGCUACGUGGGCCCCGUAUUGGCUGACAAUCUCCAAAAGUCAUUUUCCGGAGCAGGAGGCCUCAAAGACUUUUCUCUUCUCAAUGAUUACAUUGCCAGUCUUGAGAAGCUUCGGUCAGAGACCAUGGCAGUGAGAGCACAAGACUACGGACGCAAGAGAAACCAAGAUGAAUUGGAAGAUGAGGCCCGGAUGGAGAAGAAGAGAAAAGUGGAAGAGGAAAAGAAGAAGAAGGCGGGCGAAAGUCGCGGAGUCCGAGACCUCAAAAAGGUCAAUACGAGCGGUAUGAUGAAGCUAAGUCACUUCUUUCAGAAGAAAUAGCAUUUUACAUACAGCUUGCACUUUUCUGGGUAUCUAUGGAGUAUCGAAUAAUGAAACAAAAAUGAACCCCCUGUUAUCAAGGUCCAAGGCCGGGUUCCAGCUCACACGACUAUUUGGCUCUGCCAUAACGACUCCUAGUCGUUCCAAGUCCUCUCCCAAUACCAGACGUACCACGACUACUUGACGAAGCUGAAGCGUUGUUACUUGAGGAAUAUCUUGAACGGGUGGCGAUCCUUGAUGACCCUGGAGCUAUCCUUGUUCGACCACGAGCUCCACGAGCUCCACGGCCGGAAGGAGCCCCGCGAGCGCCUCGAGCCGCAGCUGAUGCAGGCAACUUUCUUCUCUGCUCGUCUUCUUCCCGCCGUUGUCGGAGCUCUUCUUUUCGCUCCUCUUCUUCGGCCGCUUUGCGCGCCUCAGCCUGUUGUUUCCGCAGCGCUUCUGCUUCAAUUUCCGCCAAGUCAUCGGUUGCGCCUUUCCAUCUCGGGUCGAGGAUGAGGCGCUGGUUGUGCU